GUGAUAACCUCUGUUAGCGUAGUGUCACCUCUAUUUUUUUUGUUUGGUUGAGUUAUAAAGUCAAGUGAUCGUUUAAUUUUUUAAUUCAUUUAAGAAAUAAUAAUAUUAAAAAUGAGCCGAAGCCUAAAAGCAUUGAUUGGCCCUUCUAUUCUGAAUUCAGAUUUAUCAAGGCUUUAUGAAGAAUCUCAAAAACUUUUGGAUAAUGGUGCUGAUUAUUUACAUUUAGAUGUAAUGGAUGGUCACUUUGUACCUAAUCUAACGUUGGGCCACCCUGUCGUGAAGUGCUUACGCAACAAAAUCAAAGAUGUAUUUUUUGAAACUCACAUGAUGGUUUCAAACCCUGAACAGUGGAUAGUGCCAAUGGCAGAUGCUGGAGUUAACCAAUAUACAUUUCACAUUGAACCAGUUGACAAUGUUGCAGAAGUUUGUAGAAAAAUAAGGGAAAAUGGCAUGAAGGUGGGUCUUGCUAUAAAACCAGGGACACCGGUAACUGAGGUUGAAAGGUACAUUUCUAUGUCUGAUAUGGUACUUGUCAUGACAGUGGAGCCAGGCUUUGGAGGACAAAAGUUCAUGGAGAAUCAAAUGGCUAAAGUAAAAUAUUUGAGAGGACAAUAUCCGCUAUUAGAUAUUGAAGUUGAUGGUGGUGUAGGACCAGCAACGAUAAGUUGCUGCGCUAAUGCUGGGGCAAAUAUGAUUGUAUCUGGAACAGCUGUGAUAGGAGCUGCAGAUCAGGCAGCAACUAUUAGAUCACUUCGGGAAACCGUUCAACAAGCUAUUAACAAAAACUAGAACACAUUCCAAAUAAGUUUAAAUGAGGUCUUCCAUUACACAUAAAGGUUAAAAAAAUAUUUUUCUACUGUUUUACAGAA